AUGGUAGGAGAGAUGAAAAAUUUACAAAAUUCAACGAUCGAUAUAAAAUCAUUAGAACUUAAAGAUGGGGGCUUAUAUGAAUGCGUGGCAACAAGCGUGACCGGAAAAACGGCAAAAAUAUCAGCUCAUGUUAACGUAUGGAAAGUUUACACACCCGGUACGACAGAUUCAGAAAAAUCGUUUCCCAUUAAAAAGUGCCCGGUAGAUGCUUUUUGUUUAAAUGGGGGGCAAUGUUAUUUUAUUGAACAUUUAGGAGAACACAUGUGCGAGUAA